AUGCUUUCAAUCAAUAUUCCAAAAUACACCACCCCCGACAAUUACGAGCUGAGCGAAGUCCCCGUUCCAACGGUCGACAACCCCAAAGACAUCUUGAUCAAGACUCAUGCAGUGAGCAUCAAUCCAAUCGAUGUCAAGAAAGCCUCUGGUGCAUCGAAGCUGGUCUUGAAAGAUAGUUUCCCAUACAAAAUCGGCUAUGACUGCGCCGGCGUCGUUCAGGAAGUCGGCUCCGAUGUAACUCGCUUCAAGCCCGGCGAUGAAGUUUUUGCGCGGCUGCCGGAGUGCCAUAGAGGAGCAUGGAGCGAGUAUGCGAAGUCUACGGAAGAUUUCGUCGCCCCGAAACCAGCCGGACUCUCCAUGGCAGAAGCAGCGUCUAUUCCCCUCGCGGCGAUGACAGCACUGCAAUCCCUUCGGCGGUAUCAAGGGAGCCUUGAAGGGAAGACGGUUUUCGUCCCUGCUGGAUUAAGUGGCACCGGUCUAUUCGCCUGCCAACUCGCAAAAAACGUCUUCAAAGCCGGCAAAGUAAUCACAACUGUCUCCACGGCCAAAGUGCCCAAAGUCGACGAACUCCUCGGACAUGGCGUCGUAGACGAGAUAAUCGACUACACAAAAACAGACCCGAAAACCAGCAUUCCUGAGAAAUCCGUCGACUUCAUUUUCGACACGACAGCCAGUGCCAUGGACUACCUCUCUCUCAUGCGCCCGGACACCGGGACAAUCGUGACUAUCUCAAUCCUCACAUCUGGAGACACGCUCCAGAAUUCAAGCUUGAUGCGUCUAUCGCCUGAUCCCGCAGACAAGGCCGUUGUCCCGUUCCCGCUUCGCUUUGCGUUGAAUGUGAUGGAUCGCAUUCGCGUUGUGAGGGCUUCGCGAUGGAAGGUUAAUUACUUCUCCGUCUUUCUCGAGCCGAAUGCGAAGGAUCUUGAUUUGGUGCGCGGGUGGGUUGAGGAGAGGAAGGUGAGGACUGUUGUUGGGACGAAGGCGCAUUAUAAAGAUGUCGGUGCAGUGCGCGAGGCGUGUCAGAAGGUGUUUGAUGGGAAGGGAGCUAUUGGGAAGGCGGUUAUCUUAUUUGACUAG